CAAUAAAAAGCCGCAAGGCCCCAAAGUCGCCGCGCCAGCUUCGGCUCUAAACACAGUCCAUCGUCGCUGAUGCAGCAUCGUCAGCGUCUGGAAUCCGGGUCAUCUGGGUCAAGAUGGGCCAACUUCUGUCUCGCCCACAUCGCGGGCCGUACUGGGCCAUCCACAGCUCCCUCUACGUUGGAUGCAGGGCACAGGACAUCGACCUAUUGGAGGAAGCCGCGCAGUAUGCUCAAUGCGGCAAUUACCUGAAAGCUAUUGACAUCUACAACGACAAAUGCGACACGCUUGACCCAUCUGCCCAUCUAGCAUAUCUUUUGGAAGCGGCAGACACUCUAGGUCGUUCCGGCCUUGAGCAGGUGCGUCUGGAGGUACUUGAGGGUGCCCUGGACCAGGCCAAGAGUGAGAGCAACGACAGCUUGAGAGACCGGACGAUUCUGCAGCUACUUGAGAUGCACCGGGCGGAGAGCAGGUUCCUCAAUUUCGGUACCAUGCGGGACGCCUUGGAGCAGGCGAGGAAGCUGCAGGCCUUUCUGCAGUCAAGAAGUAUCGAUGAGUAUGACGAUCUCUGCGUUGAAUGUCUGAUGGCAUACCACACAUUCAUGAAUCGCGUGCGCCUGUCAUCCUGCUGGGCUGAGAUGGACGCCGACGGCCUGCUACCUGCUUCGGCGGCUCCCUCGGAUCUCGAAAUGCCUGAAAGUCAGGAUGACGUUUUUAUCUACAGGCAGGGGGUUAUUCUGACACAAGUCCGCCGGGCUCUGCAGGCGCAGAACAAGCCCCUCCUGGCAUACCGCCUCUGCAAGACCGAGGCUAACAUGUACGAGGGUGACUUAUCUCUUAUGCCCUAUCGCGAGUGGCUGCGGUAUAUUGAAGGCACCGGAGACGCAAAGUCGGAGGUGAUCAUUACGAAGAUGGCCUUUCACCACAUCUUCGCUGCUUGGAACUUGGCCGAUCAGCAGCUUGCUGAUAAGGCUGGCGAUGAAAUUGGCGCUCUGGUAACCCUCCUGUCCAGUAUCGGCCGCUCCUUGGACGACCUCGAGACAUCCUAUCCGCGUGGCGCCGUGUAUAUGGAGUGGGUCCGCAUCCUCAUAGACCUCGCAGUUCCGGGCACCGUCGUCACAAUUGAACGGGUAACUGACCUCCAAAAGCGGGCUGCGGAGCUUGGAGACUUCCCCAUGGUCCGCGUCAUCUGCCACAAACUCAUCAAACUAAGCGAAACGUAUGCGGAGACCACGCUUAUAGAUCGAGAGGACGCGGAGGAGCAAGAAGACGUGGGCGAUCCGUGGGAGUGGCACGAUGAUGUCACAAGCUCCUAUCUUGAGUUCGAGGAGCAACAAAUGCGCGCGGCCUACUUCAUGGCGGCUGCACUAAGUUCAGCUUUAAGAAAGCUGGUAUACCGCGGCGGGACAAGGUCCUCCGAGGUGCUGAAGUACUACUCCGAAUUUCGGGCCAAGUUCCCCCGGUUUGACGUGCCGACUUUGCUGCAUCUGUUGCUGCACUCGGCCAUAUCGGCCACUAAGUGGUCCGGCGACGACAGGUUGACUGCCAAGUUCACGGACGAGCGAGAUAUGCUUUCAAGCCAAUGUCCGAAAGACGCACCGCAAAACGUGCGAAAGGCUGAGCAGGAAAGUCUCGGGCACAGCUGGAACGCGGCCUGCGUCUCAAUGUCGCGCAAGGUAGCGUGGGACUACAUGAUCCCGGUUUCCAGCAGGAUCCUGUUGCGCUGGCUCCACCAGGCAGUGCUGAUAGGAGAGUGCAGUCCUGAGAUAGCCUCUACCUGCCUCGGACUCCGAGGUACCACAAACGAGCACGGUGGACUUGACCAUCUCGCCGAGAUCACCGAACUCUACCACGAACCUACAGAGGAAGACUGCCAGAGGCUGUCUACCCGUAUUUUUGGCAAGGACGGGAUUCCCGUAUCAUCUGACGAAUGGGGCGCCUGGUACGCUGUCGUCACUGCAUGGCUGAGGGAUACCCCCGUCCUAGGCCGGACUGUCGAGGAACGACAUCGAUUGCUGAGCAAGCUGCAACAAUGCCGCGUAGAGCUCUUGUUCUGCGCCCACCAGCAAGGGCUCGUGGCUCCGGACCGGGACUUUCUCUAUGAACUGGCCGUCGAGAGGCACCGCUUCAUGUCGACCAUGCUUGAACUCGACAUAUCUCUCUUUGUGUCACGGAUCUUCCGCACGGAGCGGAUACAAUACUGCUCAGAUCUGGUCCUGCUCUGCACGCGAGGCGAUGCCACUGAGGACCUGCGCGUCACUGACGACGUGUUAUCAGACGCAGUAGGUUACAUAAGUGACGACAUAGCUGACCCUGAGAUCGCCAGCAACCUCGACAGGCUUCUAAGAGCGAUGAAGACGCGAGAAUUCCUCCUGUAUAACCGACGCUUCCACUUCAAGAGCGUUCCAAGGCUGGCCGCUUACCUAGACUGGCAGGAGCGCGACGUGAUCUACCAGCUCGCCCGCGACCAACACUCGUCUCUACAGGGUAGCCGCGCGCUGAUGGUCCGGUCCUCGUUUGCGCAGGACCAUGACAUCCCGUACCACUUCACCAGAGGAGUCCAGCAUUCGUACAACGUCUGGAUGGACCACAUCCGCAGCGCGCGGUUCCGCCAGCCCAUAGGCGCCUGCCAGUGGCUGCACUACUUCCAGAACCCGACCCUGCUGCGGGCCGGCUUCUACGACCACGUGCAAAAGUGCAAGGCCAGGGUGCUCACGGACCUGAUGGGCAUCAACGCGCAGCUGCCGGCGGCCCUGGUGCAGGCCGUGGAAGACGACCCCGAGGCGCGCGCCAUGCUGGAGGAGGAGACGGCGCUGCGCGGCAGGAUCGCCAGCGUCGAGUCCAUAUCCGAGAAGCUGGCCUUGAACGGGGAGCUGGGGCGGCUGAGGCAGAGGAUGCGCACCAACCCGGCCCUGGUGCCCAUCAACCAGAUCCGCGAGGGCCAGGCCGUCAGUCUGGCCGAGGUCGAGCAGAUGGGCGAGCGCCUCGGCGGCAACGUCGUCUUCGUCGACUGGGUGCACGUCGGCCUCGAGAGCGGCGCCGACCUGCUCAUGGUCAUCUGCGCCGACGGCAGGCUCCGCCAGACCACGCAGCUCCCGCUGAAGCUCAGAGACGUCGACCGCUGGGUCGCCGAGCAGCUGGAUGAAGACCUGCCGCUCCUGCGCGACACAUCCCAGCGCCAGCUGCGAACCAUGCACCCGCUCGUGGCGCCUCUGGCAACCUAUACCGAACCAGGCCAGGUCCUCGUCCUCUGCCCCACGCGUGCGCUGCACCGCAUCCCGCUGCACGCGCUCAAAGUGGACGGCAGGCUGCUGAUUGAGCGCAACCCGGUCGUCUACUGCCAGAGCCUAUCGGUGCUACGGCUGUGCCAGAUGGCCGCCACUACCACCACCGCCUCCUCCGCCUCGGCACCCCGGGGCCGCCCGCUGGUGUUGCACCCGCUGCACGUGGGCGGGGCGGCGCACUCGCAGGCGCACUCGAUCGCGGCGCUGCUGGGCGGCGACGUGGUGGCUGAGGCGGACAUGACCAAGGAAGGGGUGAAGGCGGCGCUGGGCGGCCGGGGCGCGCCGGUGGUGCACUUCCACGGGCACGUGCAGUUCGAGGAGUCGGGCCCGCUGCACCAUCGGCUGGAGCUGCGCGUCCGGCCGCCGGCGCCGUCGACCAUUGACGGCGAUGCUGGUGGAGCGGACGACGACGACGACGACGGCGCCGGGGACCUCUCCGCCGCCGAUACGCUCGAGGCCGACGACAUCUUCGACGUGCGCCUGCCGAGGCCCACGCACGUCACCCUCAUGGGCUGCCGCAGCGGGCGGUCCGUCAUCACGGGCGCGGACGACCACCUCGGCCUGACAACGGCGCUGCACUAUGCCGGGGCCAGCUCGGUGCUGUCGACGCUGUGGAAGAUCGACACGGAUGACGGGCUGGAGUUCUCCAAACUGUUCUACAACGAGUUCUGGCGAGAGGAGGAUGGUCUUGGGAAGGGCGAUGAUGGCGAAGGCAAGGGCACUAGGGUGGUGAAUUUGGCCAUUGCUAUGCAGAAGGCGGUGCUGGGUCUGAGGAGGCGGAACAAGAUACCAUAUCACUGGGCGGGAUUUGUGCUGCAUGGGAUGUGGCUGUUCAAAUUAUAAAAUGGGUUCGGACGUAGAAGAUGGAGGGUUUGAUUUUCUGAUUCCUCCUUUUGCCCCACGCGACCCGCUGUUUUCUUCAGCCAGAAGCUUCCGUCCGGGUGAUGCAACUAGACAGAUUUCAAAUCAACGUUUCAA